AGUCCACCACAGCCCGCCGUCUUUUGUCUUCGUCUUCUCCGGCAGUUCCUUCAACUUCCGUUUCACCGGCACCCCCCAGCAUCUUCACCAUAGCCUCUCCUUCUUCCUCUUCUCCGGCCCUGUUGUCAUCUUCGCCUUCGCCUCCCUUUUCUCAUUUUUUCCUUCAUCUUUAAUUGUUUUACGGUUUGCCGGGCGCCGCGUCUUCUUCACCUGCGUUUUACUCAUUACUGUCCGCGCAGCAGUCCCCAUUGCGCCAAAUUCGUCGUCUCCGGCAGCUCUUCGUUGCCUUUAAAUUCAUCUACUGCUGAUGGCCUCAACCGGCAUACCCAAAAUCUGAAAGGAUUUUGCGAAGGAAGCAUAUAAAAUGGAAGGUAAAAGGCAAUGAACUGGAAGUUAUGAGAAAUGAUUCCUCUCUUCCAUCUUCGCAACACUACAAAUCGCCACUACUUUCUCUAUAACAAGCGCUUCUUUAUAAAUGCGAGAAUCAAAUGGGUCCGUGAUCCCUACCUUGACAAAGCAGUAGAGAGGGAGAAAAACCUUAAGCCUUUAAUCUCUCUCAAAAACCUUAUCCUUUCACACCCUUCUCAAACUCUACCACUGUCUACUGCAUCACCCUUAAAGCCGAACCUUCAUCUACCAACCACUGUUGAGAAAUUUAUUCAAAAUUAUCCGUUGAUUUUCAAAACAUUUCUCCCCCCUAAUAAGUCCAAUUCCCUUCCUCAUAUAAAACUCACCCAUAAAGCCCUGGCUAUUCAUCACAACGAAAAUUUGAUUCUAAAUUUUUCUCAUUACCGAAAAGAUGUUGCUGAGAGGCUGGCUAAGCUUUUGAUGCUUUCACGAGUUGGAAAGCUUCCUCUGUUUAUAAUAGAAAUGUUUAAGUAUGAUUUGGGGUUGCCUCAUGAUUACAUAUUGACAUUGUUGCUGGAAUUCCCAGACUAUUUUCAGAUUUGUGAUAUGGGCUUCCGGGAUUCUAAUGGUGAUCUUGUUUUUGGUUUGGAAUUAGUUUCUUGGAGAGAUUAUCUUGCAGUAUCGGAAAUGGAGAAGACGGUUAUUGGGGAAGGGAAAAGUGGAAGAGGCAUAAAGUAUUUGAUGAAUUUACCAAGAGGAUUUGAUUUGGAAAAAAGGGUGUCAACAUGGGUGAAUGAGUGGCAGAAUUUGCCUUACAUUUCUCCAUAUGAAAAUGCAUUCCAUUUGACAUCAAAUGGAGAUCACGCAGAGAAAUGGACGGUAGGGUUGAUUCAUGAAGUGCUGAGCUUGCUAGUGUCGAAGAAAACAGAGAGGGAUAAUUUGUUUUGCUUGGGAGAAUUUUUGGGAUUUCAGCAGACAAGGGUUAAAAAGGCGUUGGUGCAUUUUCCAGGGAUAUUUUAUGUGUCAAAUAAGAUAAGAACUCAGACUGUUGUUUUGAGGGAGGCAUAUAGAAAAAAUCAACUGCUUGAGAUGCAUCCUUUGAUGGCUAUGAGAAAUAGGUACAUCAGUUUAAUGAAUUUGGUAUUAAGAAAGGGCAGGCCAUUUAGAGCUGGGAUGACUGCUCACAGAAAGAAAUCAGCCCCUUCAAGAAUCAGAAGAAAAUUUGAUGGCAACACAGUAACAAGAAGCGAUGAGGAUGAUUAGAAGUAUAGAUGAUGGAUUCUUGACUAGUUGCUGUGAGGACAACAUGAUGAAUGGGUGUCUUUGUUAUUAAUACAUGUUCUCACAACUUGGAGCAUGCACGCAUGAAUAUGGUGUUGUUGCAUGCUGCAUUUGGUUAUGCAGGAGUAUUUGAUAGUCUACUUUUGGCUGCCAGACCAUUGAUCAUCAGUGAAAGAGGAGAAAUCAGACUUUCAAGAGCUUUAGACCAUAAAAAUUAAAAGAUGUCCUAUUGUGUACUAUGUGUGGCAAGUUAAACUAUACAAGAAUUAAGUUCUUUGGUUAACAAUAUAUCAUAUACAUGUAGAAUUGUUUCUUUAGAUUGAUUGGAACAUGGCCUUUCAAAAAUCUCAAUGACCCAAUCCCACUGUUGUUGGGCAUCAGACAACAAAUAUUGAAUGCCAUUGGUAUUCACUGGGCCAACAGGCUGUACAAGUGUGUUCAUAGUUUCCUGUACCAUGCUGUUUGUAUAGGAGCGCUCAUGGAAUUUUGUAAUUAAUGUCGUUCAUACAGCAAGAUGGGCAGGAAGAGCAAUGCUGAUCUUGAAGUAGUUUUUGGUUCAGAAGGACACUCAGCAUUGUUAAGCGCCAUGUGUAGCCAAGACAGUGAAGAAGAUUUCUUUAUCCUUAAUUGGACCAAAGAUCAUCAUCAACAAAGAUCUCUAGAAAGACAAGACAGCUUGGACCAUUGAAAUUGCUGUGAGCUUAGACCCUUGUUCGUUGCAAAGUAGCAAGCUCUUAGAUUCACCCAUGGUGUGUUGAAUACAGAUAACAUGAGUGCACUGGAACCUGAUUUGGGUCCUUAGAGCUUCUUGGAUGCUUUUGAUCCCAGUUAUACCCCAAAUGCUGCUGAUCUUCCUUGUAGAUGGUGCUGCUUUGCAUACCAACCUCACAUAGGCUCGUGGAACGGUGCUCAGUUUGUCACUAGAAGGAAGCAGAUUUUUUGUAGAGAGAUGCAUGAAGUCUGCAAGCAAAUCCAGGCGAUUGUGAGUUUAUGUAAGAGUCCGUUGUGGUACUUCUCGUAUGUUGCCACAAGAUUCAAGGAGCAACACGGCGUCCCCUUACAGGUAACACACUUUUUCGAUGAUCUAAUAAGUUCGUGGCCUGAUUUACAAAAGGGGUCUGGAUGGAUUGCCUGAUAUCGAAUGUUUAUUUGAUUGUACAAAAGGGGUCUGGAUGGAUUGCCUGAUAUGGAAUGUUUAUUUGAUUGUGCGGGGAUAUUUGAUUUGUGAACUGAGUUGUUUGAUGAAAUGCCUGACCUGAACUCUACGGAUAUCUAAAGCAUUGUCGGAAAGAAGUAGAUUUUUUAUUUCA